AUUUUGUCAGUUGUGUUUCGAGAAGCACUUGUGUUGGCCGUGUCAUUGUUCAAUUUGAUAUCGUGCGCGUAUUACGUGUUUACUUUCGAUGGUAAUUGUGUCUUCUUUGGAUGAUUUAAGGUCAUAUUGGAUAAGAAGUCGGGUAAGGUCGAGGCCCGCAAGACGAGAAAAUUCUGUCGUAAGCCCGAUAUCCAUAGUACGUAUCAGCUGAAAGGAAACUAUAAACAUAGUGCGCAUGCGUGGAACUAAUUCAGUGCCGCGUAGUUCAAUGACUCAUUAUACCAACAUUUCGCUUGGGAAACGCUAGUUGCACCCGUUAUGCAAAUAUUUUUAUAAGAACUGAUACAACAAAAUGACGCCGGGCGUAGAAGAUUCGUGUGUGACACAUUGUAAUAAUAACAUCGUACCGCUGUUGCCGAGAAAUUCAGUACGCUUGGAGUUUAAGAAUUUAACAUGCACGAUUUCAAUGAUUUCAAUGCAGAAGUUGGGAUUCGAAAAAAAGCAUAUCCUAAAGGGUGUCAAUGGAUGUUUCAAGCCUGGAGAACUGACGGCAAUCAUGGGUCCAUCAGGCGCUGGAAAAACUACUCUUCUCAAUAUAUUAGCUGGCUAUACAACUCAAGGCGCACACGGCGAGAUCAUUGUGAACGGAACAAGUUCGUGCGCAUCGAAAUCAGCUGGCAGGGGCGGCGCGCGAUACAUUCGCCAACAAGACGACCUCCGGAUACAUCUAACUGUAUACGAAUCCAUGUCUCUUGCAGCGGCUCUUAAACUGGCCGACUUCUCGUCAUACGAACGGAAAGAGAAAGUGUAUGAGGUCCUUUCGUUGCUAGGCCUCAGUGCGACGACACAGACAGUUUGUCGCGAUCUCUCCGGAGGUCAGAAACGGAGACUAGCCGUAGCAUUAGAACUAUUGUCAGACCCAUCAUUACUAUUCCUCGACGAACCUACUACCGGAUUAGACUCUGCAGCGUCGACUUCGUUGAUCGCAUUGUUAAGUGGCUUAGCGCGUGGUGGAAGAACCGUGGUAGCAACCAUCCACCAGCCUUCAGCACUGAUCUUUGAGAAAAUUGACACAGUCUACUGCCUCUCUGCGGGGAAGACGUUUUAUUCGGGAUCAAGGUCAAAUCUUAUACCGGCGCUGGAUUCUGCAGAUCUACGAUGCCCACCCUACCACAAUCCCGCCGAUUUUCUAAUGGAAUUGGCGUCUGGCGAAUAUGACGUUGACCUCGAGAAAGCUGCCAAGACAAUGGAGAGAUUUAAACCGGAACUGACAGCUACGCAAAGUGUCGAAAUACCUGUGAUAUCUACCCUACAUAAUCCUAUAACUUUAGAUACUAAGAAAAUUAAAGAAAAAUCUCUGAAGAGCAACGCCAAAUAUCAGCAAAACUGUUCCAAAAACAUGUACAGGCCAUCAGGUCCAUUUAGACAAACAUGGAUCUUAUUAUAUAGGAAUUAUUUAAUGACUACGAGAAAUUAUUCUCUAUUUAUGUACCGCGUGGCAGCUCACGUGGUAAUAGCACUAAUAUUCGGAUAUCUCUACCUUGGAGUUGGAAGCGAAGCAAGCAGUGUCUUAGGAAAUUAUGUAUAUUUGUAUGGGUCAAUGUUGCUCGUUGUCUACACUGGGAAAAUGUCUGUGACACUCUCAUUUCCUCUCGAGAUGGCGAUACUUAAAGGAGAAUACUUUAAUCGGUGGUACAGCUUAGGUCCAUAUAUAUUUUCAAUACUUGCUGUGGAAUUACCAUUUCAGAUGAUAUCUUGCGUGUCCUACGUAGUGCUAUCGUAUUGGCUGACUGACAAUCCUUUAGAGCCAAAUCGAGCUACUCUCUUCCUGGCAACUAUAGUUGCAACGUCGCUUUGUGCCCAGGCCUGGGGUUAUUUCAUUGGAUCGACGACACCAACCAAGAUUGCUGUUUUCAUCGGUCCAGUUCUUGCGUGUCUCUUCUCAGUGUUCGGAUUCUGUUUGGCUUUAAGAGAUACACCAUAUGCUUUCCGAUGGUUGCAUCAUAUAUCUUACUUCCGUGCAGGAUUCCAUUUAGCAGUUCAUUCCGUAUAUGGAUUCAAUAGGACAAAAAUGCACUGUUCUAAAAUUUACUGCCACUAUAUAACGCCGAGUACCUUCCUUAAAGAAAUGGACAUGGCUGAUAUAGAUGUAGGUAGUAAUAUCGCUUUAGUACUUUCCACCACAGUGUUGAUGCACAUACUCACUUGUACCGCACUUUGGUAUAGAUUAAACAAAAGAUAAUAAUUGUAUUCACAUUAUGGUUCGCCCUUAAUGCGGACUGUAGUUUAUAUUACAUAUAUGCUGUAUUAUGUUUGUACUUACAACGCCCGUUUUUUUUCUGAUGACAGUUGUUUUUUUUUAAUGGCUUUAAUUUGUGGGCACAAGGUAAUUCGCCAGUGUCGUGUAGAUGGAGAAUGCACGAAGGAGUUUUGUUUAUGAUAACUGAACGAUGAGUUUGAUAAUUGACACGUAUGUCUAACUCGGCUGUCUAUUGUUCAAUUUUUAUCUGAUAUUAAAAUGUGUAAUCUAUGUAAGUCUAGUGAAUUCUCAAACCUGGAGCUUUUCUACUUUUAUGACUGUCAUUACUGUAAUGAUGCAAAUUUCUUUGUUAUAUUUUUAAUUUCAAUGUUAAGAUGUCGAGAUUUAAAUCGAGUUUGUUCGAAGUCCUCAAGAUGUGGUGCUUUAAAAUUAGUCUAUUACAGUUUUGGUGUUGAAUACAAAUAGCACUGAAUUUUAGUAGCUGACUGCUUGCCUACAAAGUUCAAUACACAUUAUAUAAUCCCUAGAUAUGUGAAACCCUUAAAUCAUUGUUACUCUAGGGUUGAUAGUUAAUCGCUCUUGCCUCAAAACGGUGAUUGUUUUUUUUUAUAAUUUAUUUUUAAGGUUAGUUAUUUAGUUAUAAUAAUAUAAACAAGUAUUAGUACAUUAUUUAUUAUAUACUUGCCUUAAAAUAUGUUAUUGUUAACUUCCGUUUUAGUUAUAAGAUUAUUAUUAUAUAUUUAUACGUAUAGAGAAGUGGAAAACCAAGGAAUACCAAACAGUCUUAAGUGACGAAGCUAUGUCUUCGAAAUAAAAAUAUAAAAAGUAAUUAACAGUAGUUUAAACGUUGAGGAGACUAAACUUUUAGUAAAAUUCUUGUUGAGACAUUUCUAAAAGUCUCAAAUGUAUAGCAGUGAAUGUAGUUUUAAGUAUAGUAUUUAUAAUUUAGUAUAGAAUAUACUAAAUGUAUGCUCUGUAUGUCAUAGUAUCUAUCACUAAGGUGUAGGUGUUUUAAUUUAUAAAUGUAAAUGAUUUAUGGUAAUGCUAAGAGAUAAUAGGUUGAAUAAAAAGUAAACUUUGGUUCAAAUGAGCUGUGGCUUCAUAGAGAUAUGUAUUUCAGAAAUAUUAAAAAAAAACAAAAUAUAAAGAUUCUAAUAAAAUGUGUGACAAACGUUGAGCCUAAUGCUCGGUAUACAAACAAAUAAGUAAUUAAAAUUGAAUAGUACAAAUUAUAAUUGUAUUAAUAUGGGAUUCUCAUUAAAAGUUUAUUUUUUAUAAAAACUAUGCAUGAUGUUAAUUUAUGACCAAUAUCAGCCCUUGUGAUAAUAUUUGAACAAGAGAAGUACAAUAAUUAGACAAAGUGAUAACUCUUGUUGAUACCACAUCUGUAUUAUGCGAGAUACUUAAAAUAAACUAUUUUAUAUUUUUAA